AUGAAAGGGGAAACGGAGCAACCUGAAAUUGGAUUACGCCUACAUCAAAUAAGUCCUCAAAUGGCAUUUGGUCAUACUAAUUAUGUACCAGAUGAAGAAACUCGAAAUUUGUGCAUCAUACAUCCUGAAGCAGAUUUGCUCCAGCCGUCUAAAUGCAUUAAAUAUCCGUCUAUUACAAGACGUAUCGAAAGCUUUGAUAUACCUGAAAAAAUCUCCAACGAUGCAGAUUUCAUCAAAGAAUUUUUUGAAGAACUUGCUGGAAAGGAAUUAUUCCACCGCAAUUAUCGUCGACUUCAUUGGUUAAGUGGAACGAAACCGGCACCUCGUAUCCAUGGUGUUGGUAUUCUUCAAAAACUUUUGCAAACUGAUAGUCGAAUGUCUCGUUAUCAGGUAGUUUGGAAAGAAAAGAUUACACCUAAAGUGUCAGUUAAUGAAGUUUUAAAUCGCUAUAGACUAGUAAAUGCAUUCUCGUUUUGUUUGCAACCAAACUGCGGAUUUCUCAAACAGCGUUCUUCCAUCGAAGUACACUGCAGAUAUUUGUUACGUGAAUUAGGAACGCAAUUAUUUUUUUUAAAUGAUCGCCAGUAUAUGGAGUGUCUAGAAGUUCAGCUGUCUGAAAAUAUAGAUCAGAAAUGUGAAUUAGUCCAUGAAAAGCGUGUAUUAAAUGAAAUAUUCAAAACACGUCAGUUACACAAAGGGGUAUGUCAAGAUUUACAAGGACACUUCAGCUUACCAAAAAAUUUCCCUGUUGCAAAUACUUGCAGUAAGAAAAACAAAAAAACAGAGAGAUUGCCUGAUGAUAUUCCGCUAAUGAAUGAAACUGAAAUGAGCAAGCUGGCUAGUGAACCAAUUUCGAGUGAUGCAGAGUCAAGUAGUAAAUCGUCUCGUUUGAACACACCACCAUCUACUACCAAGAACUAUGGAUCUACAGAUAAAUUAGAUACAUCUUUAAAAUUUCCAUCUCCUGAAAUUUGUGUUAAUCGUUUAACGAAACGAGCAAGUAUGACGAGUAUGUAUAACGAAGCUGAGAUUAUGAUCCAGCCUGUGGAUUUUGAAAAACGUUACUUAAGGUAUAAACUUCUAUCCUGGGUACAAUAG